UAAAUUAUUUAAACAUUUCAAGUUUCCGAAGUGAAAUUCAAAGUUAGAGAAGGAUUAUAUAGUUAGGAACAGGGUUUGGAAUUGAAAACAGAAGUAACGAGCAAGAAUACAUUGUUUUGAAGUUUAGUAUAUAAGCCAGCCUUCAGUAUGGGGAAAGGUGGAAGGAAGAAGAAUAAACAUUCGGAGAAAGAUAUUGGGGCAUCUGGUACCUCAUCUGAAAUUCAACCUUCUACUUCUCAAGCACCCAUUGCGGAAGUUCAAAAGUUGAAUAUAGCUGAUAAACCUGAGCCUAGCGAACCCAAAGAAGAAUGUUUUGGCUUAGGAAUAGAGGGAUCUAGUAAAAAACGUCCUCGUAAAAAGAAGAAAGAUGAUACCUCUCAUGGAGAUGAUCCAUCUGCCCAGCAAAUGACUGAACUCACUGCAGCUGGUCCUGCACAAGCCUUUCCCAAACUAUCUACUGGGUUAGGCCGUGGCAGAGGCUGGGCUCCUUCACAAAUGGUUCCACAGGCACAAGUUGUCCCAAUUCAACCUAUUCAGCCACAAGUACCAGUGCAACCUCAAGUACAACCUAUGUGUGGCUGGGGUGCACCACAAUCAACUGUUCAACAACACCAACAACCACCGCAACGGUAUUUCUCAGCAACAGAAACAUCACCACAAUUUGCCCAACCGCCAACAUUCUCACAACCACAAUCAUCUGGUGUAGGACGUAGUAGAGGAAGAGGAUAUGCUCCUGAUCGCAGUUCAGAUAAAACGAUAUCAUUUGGAAGCAAAUCCUUUGAAACUCCAAAUAGAUUAAAAAUACCAACAAAAUGUCCCGGCGGUAUUGUUACUAGACAAUCAAGACCACUCAAGUUAAUUACAAAUUACUUAGAGAUGAAAAUUAAGCCUCUUAAAAUAUAUCGCUACGACGUUUCGAUUAAGCCAGAGAAACCGAAAAAGUUAACACCAAAGGCUUUUAUGGCUGUAAAAAAAAUGAAAUUUCCAAAUCACGUAGUUGCAUUCGAUCAAAGAAAAAAUUGUUACUCAUUAACUCGUCUCUGGAACACAUCAGAAGAACGUAUGAACGUAAACGUGGAACUUCUUGAUGACAAUAAAGUAAAGAUGAAUUUCGAUGUGACAAUGAAGGCGACUGGAGUUGUGGAUAUCAACACAAUUUUACAGCACAUGAAGAAUGGCGAAAGUUCGUUGAAUCCACCAACAGAAGCCAUUCAAGCAAUCGAUGUAAUUUUACAGCAAGGAACUUUGGAAAAUUAUGUGAAAGUGGGAAGACAAUAUUUCAUGCGGCCGAAGAACCCGAUAGACUUGUUCUAUGGCAUGGAGAUGUGGACCGGGCUAUUUCAGUCUGCAAUAUUUACUUCCCGUGCCUUCAUUAAUAUUGAUGUUGCACACAAAGCUUUUCCAAGAUAUCAAUCUUUAAUUGAAGCUUUAAUUAAAGAUUUUCGCUUGGAUCCAAAAAAACCAUUGAAUCAACAAAGGGGUGUUGAUUAUUUUGAACAAUUUAUUAAGGGACUGAGGGUUGUAGCGAGGAUCGGAGGUGGAGAAAAAAUCCGAGAAUACAUAUGCAAUGGACUAGUUGAUCCAGCGAACCGGCUCACCUUCCCUCUCAACGAUCCCGCAGAGCAAGGGAAGACAGUUACUGUUGAGAAAUAUUUUGAAAUUGAUAAGAAAUACAGAUUACGCUAUCCUUACCUGAAUUGUAUGUGGGUGGGACCGAAGGAUAAAAAUAUUUAUUAUCCUAUGGAGUUAUUACAUAUCUCUUUCGGCCAGCCAAUAAAUAAACAGCUCAACGAAAAACAGCUCCAAACGAUGGUUCGUGAAGCAGCAACUCCGCCCAACGAGCGCAUGAAUAAAAUUAAAGAAGUAACUCGUAACAUGAAUUACUCGGCGAAUGCCAGCUUCAAGCACUUCCAAUUAGAAGUUUCGGACAAAUUCUUCCAAGUAGACGCUAAGGUAUUGCAAGCGCCCAAAUUGGAUAUCGGAGUUGGUAAACCUGUUGAUCCAAGAAAAGGCGUAUGGCAAGCCAAUCGCUUCUUGAAGGCAAGUGCGCUUGAAACAUGGGGCUUAAUUACUAUCGAAGCAGACCCUACCACAUGCCAGUGCCAAAGCUUCAUAGAUAUGAUAAAGCGAGUCGGUGUUCAAAUGGGUAUGUCCGUGCGAGAUCCCCUGAUGACUAAUUUCAACGUUAGAAUGAACGAGAUCCAUAAGAUAUUAUUAACAGCGUAUGAAAAGAGAAUAAAUAUCUUAUUCGUUAUCGUCCCGGUGAGGUUUAGAGAUGCCUACGAAAAGGUGAAACGUAUGGCGGAACUUGAAGUGGGCAUCUUGACACAAUGUAUCAAAGAUAUGACAGCCUCACGUCGUAUGAGCGAGCAGACAGUGCGCAAUAUAUUGUUAAAGGUAAAUUCUAAGCUCAUGGGAAUCAAUCAAUGCUUAGAAGCCCGCUCUGUCCCCGAGUGCAUCAAGAAGGGAGGAGUCAUGAUGGUCGGCGCUGAUGUAACACAUCCUCCCCCAGAUCAGAAAACAAUCCCAAGCAUUGCUGCGGUUAGCGCUUCGAUUGAUCCCAAAUGUUUCUUAUACAAUAUUGAACUAAGCAUGCAGACGCCAAAGGAAGAAAUUAUUGUGGACUUCGAAGAUAUGAUGUUUGAUCAUUUGCAAAAUUACAGACAGCGACAGAACAUGCUACCACGCAAGAUAUUUGUGUUUCGUGAUGGAGUCUCUGAAGGACAAUUUGCUCAAGUGAUGCAAAGUGAGCUGGUGGCUAUACAGAAAGCUUAUCAGCGAUUGGAUCAACAGGUGAAGCCGGAAAUAUUAUUCUUACUUGUACAAAAGAGACAUCACACGCGGUUCUUCUUGGGAGAGAGUAAUCCACAAAAUGUAGAGCCCGGUACUGUGGUUGACAGUGAAAUUGUACACCCGCGCGAGUUGGACUUUUAUUUGGUAUCGCACCAAGCUCUGAAGGGCACGGCGCGGCCGACGCGCUACCACGUGAUCUGCAACGACGGCAACAUCCCGUCGGACGAGGUGGAGCAGCUGGCGUACUACCUGUGCCACCUGUACGCGCGCUGCUCGCGCUCCGUGUCGUACCCGGCGCCCACGUACUACGCGCACCUGGCGUGUCUGCGCGCGCGCACGCUCACCAGCGGGGAUCGUAUCAACAACGCUGAGUUAGAAAAGAAGCCUAAGCGACUUCGCGUGCUGGAUAGGAUGUUGCAGCACAGCCGUAUGUUCUUCGUUUAAUUCCCACGUUCCGAGAGUAGCUCUUCGAGGGGAUCAUGUAUUAGAUUGCAUAAAAUGUAACUUCGUAAUUAUAACGACGUAGUUUUAUAAAGUUCUUUACGAUAUUGUAAAAUGUUAUGUGACGAUAUACAUAUAUAUGUGAGCCCUUUUUAUUUUGUUGGUGUGAAAAUAUUUAAUUUGUAUAGUGCUAAAUUUUUCAAUUCGUUU